UAUAUAUACUGGGCAGAAGAGUUAACCCUGCUCAAUAUCAUCCAACAUGGUCUCCGCAACGUCCAUUUUCAAUGCUAUCAGGUACCCGGCCGAGACCCGUGCGAUGGUCAACUAUGCCAUCUGGAUGGACCACAGGGAUAUCACCGACGUGACCGAGCUUCCUACGACUUGCUACGAUCGCCCCACGAUGCGAAAAUGCUGGGACUUUUUGGACUUGACCAGUCGAAGUUUCGCUAGGGUCAUCAGGGAGCUUGAGGGGGACCUUGCCAGGACUGUCUGCAUAUUCUACCUCGUGCUCCGAGCGCUCGACACUGUCGAAGACGACAUGACCAUCUCCAACGAUGUCAAGCUCCCUCUCUUGAGGAUCAUGCACACCAAGCUCUACGAACCGGGAUGGACAUUCAAAGAGUCUACAGAGAAGGACAGGAUCGUAUUGGAAGAGUUUGACAACAUCCAGAUAGAGUUCACUAUGCUUCAGCCCGCAUACCAAGCCGUCAUUGCCGACAUUUGCAAAAAAAUGGGUGCCGGUAUGGCUGACUUUGCCGCGCUCGCUACUCCCGAAGCCCCUGUCGCCGAGGUCAACACCAUCGCCGACUACGACCUCUACUGCCACUACGUCGCCGGUCUCGUCGGCGAGGGUCUCUCCGGCCUCUUUGCUGCCUCUGGGAAGGAACGAUCCUUUAUCGCCGACCAGCUCACCCUCUCCAACUCUAUGGGUCUCCUCCUCCAAAAGACCAACAUCUACCGCGACUUGCACGAAGACGUCGUGGACGGCCGAGGCUUCUGGCCGAGGGCUAUCUGGGGCAAGUAUGGCUUCAACUCGAUGAAGGAGUUGAUCGAGCCUGGGAGGGAAAAGGAGGCGAUGUUUGCGGCGAGUGAGAUGGUCUUGGAUGCGCUGAGGCACGCGACGGAUGCUUUGGAUUACAUGACCUUGUUGAAGAGCCAGAGUGUGUUCAACUUUGUUGCUAUCCCGGCUGUCAUGGCCAUCGCGACUUUGGAGAGGGCGUACAUGAACCCCGACAUCCUGAGGAAGAAUGUCAAGAUCAGGAAGGGCGAGACGGUCAGGCUGAUUAUGCGUGCUACCAACCCUCGAGAUGUGGCGUACGUCUUCCGAGAAUACGCCCGCAAGAUCCACGCCAAGGUCCAGAAGGACGACCCCAACCUCCUCAAGCUCUCCAUCGCUUGCGGCAAGAUCGAGCAAUGGUCCGAGCACCACUACCCCUCUUUCAUCGAAGUCGCCGGCCAAGGCCAAGGACAUGUCAAGUCCGCCAUCGAUCCCACCUCCAACGACGCCCGUGCCGCGCUCUUCCUCCGGCUCGCCAAGGAAGCCCAAGAAGCCGCUUCAAAAGCCCGUCAAGACAAGCUCAUGGCCGACUUGAGGGCAAAGGGUCUUAUCAAGGGAGACGGUGGGGAGCUGGAUGAGGAUGAGGAGGCGAGGAAGAGGUAUGAGGCGAUCCAGAGUCAGCAGACGACGCCGUAUCUGAUGAUUAUUGGUGUGGUGUUGGGGAUGUUGACGCUUAUGGUUGCGUUGGGUGGUUUGACGAUCUGGGUUGUGGUGAAGGCUUUCCCUGAGUGAUCCAAAAAAACCGUUAUGAGGCUCAUCUGUUUAUAUCUUUCUCUUUCUAUGGGCUUCGGUCGCCAUGCAUGUUAUGUAACCAAGCAA